AAUCAAUCUAGCAAGAGCUGGGAAAGUUUGGUAGGCUUGGCAGGAAGAGCAGCAGUGGCGAUGCAAGAUAGGACGCGGAAGAUUUUCCAAUCUGUUCUAGAUGCGGUUCGCUUGCAGCGGAAGAAACUACGCGCCCCGCUUGUGCGACGGGUCUGAGACGGCCCUGAGACGGCCCCGAGACGGGUCGCCAAGAUCUGCAUAAAAAGCUGUUGCGACCAGCUUUCCUCCCAGCUUCCUCGACCAACAAGAAAGAUGCUGCUACCAGUCCUUGCCCUCGGCGCCCUCCUCUUUGUGCACGCUGCCGCUGCGCCGCUGCUUGCGGCACGGCAAGACGGAUGCAAGGACUACGUCCUGAUUGAAGCGAGGGGCACCUUCGAGCCCCAGGGCCCUUCGAUCGGCUUCCGCAACAUGAUUGAACGCACGUUGAGCUCGGUGCCCCGCGGUGGACACCACGUCGUCGUCUACCCCGCCGCACCCGACGCCACGCAGCUGACAACGCUCAUCGGUCGGCAGGACAUCACCGACUACAUCAACAACGGAACAAAGGGGUGCCCCACGCAAAAGUACGCCCUGCUGGGCUACUCGCAGGGUGCUACCGUUGUCAACGAGGCUACGCAGGUCUUUUUCAACCAGUCAUCGAUCCAGGCUCGCCAGACAAAGGCAGUGCUCCUCAUCGGCAAUCCCUACCACCUCCCCAACAAGGACGGCAACGUCGACGAGGACGGAGGAAACCGAACGUCCAACUACACCGGUGCGUUGGUGGGAACGCUGAAUGCGACCAUCGCUCCGUCGUACUACGACACCGGCAAGGUGCGCGACAUCUGCCACACCACAGACCUCGUCUGCACCGGCAUCAGCCUCGACUCCCUCUUCAGCAGCAGCCACCUCUCAUACGGCUUUACGCAGAGCGUGCAGGACCUGGGCGUCGACUUUCUCACGCAGCAGCUCUAAGUCCGUUAGGAGACUGUGCGGGGAGAACAGAGGGUACUAAGCUCACGACGAUGGGGCCUGCGACCCUUAUUGUGGAUCUAUGUCGGCCAUUGCUUGAGCCAACGGCGACCUAGACGUACGACAAGCGCUUGGGUGCUGAUGGUGGCAGAAGUGGCGUGCUGCAAU